GAGCGACCUUUGAGGUGGCGGUUUGGGGUGGGCGCCACCGAGGGGAGGGAGUCUCGCCUCCCGCGCGCUGGUAGGUGAGUGCGGCCUGGGUCCUGGCCAGGCGUCGAAACCUGGACUUCUUCGCUGAGGAGAUGGCCUAUCACUUUCCUGCUGUACAGACUGGACUCCAUCACUAAAGCUCUUUGAGUACCUGAUAUUCUCCGUCUGAAUUUCUUGGAAGCAAUUGCAGACUGAUCGUUCAUUAUGGAUGGAGGGGAUGAUGGUAACCUUGUCAAAAAGCGGUUUGUGUCUGAGGCAGAACUAGAUGAACGGCGCAAAAGGAGGCAAGAAGAAUGGGAGAAAGUUCGAAAACCUGAAGAUCCAGAAGAGUGUCCAGAGGAGGUUUAUGACCCUCGAUCUCUGUAUGAAAGGCUACAGGAGCAGAAAGACAGGAAGCAGCAGGAGUAUGAGGAGCAGUUCAAAUUCAAAAACAUGGUAAGAGGCUUAGAUGAAGAUGAGACUAACUUCCUUGAUGAGGUUUCUCGGCAGCAGGAACUAAUAGAAAAGCAGAGAAGAGAAGAAGAACUGAAAGAACUAAAGGAAUACAGAAGUAAUCUCAACAAGGUUGGAAUUUCUGCAGAAAACAAGAAGGAAGUGGAGAAGAAACUGACUGUGAAACCCAUAGAAACCAAGAACAAGUUCUCCCAGGCAAAACUGUUGGCAGGCGCUGUGAAGCAUAAGAGCUCAGAGAGUGGCAACAGUGUGAAAAGACUGAAACCAGACCCUGACCCAGAUGACAAGAAUCAAGAGGCCCCAUCCUGCGUGUCUCUUGGAAGCACCUCCCUGAGCGGCCCCUCCAUCCACUGCCCUUCCGCCGCCGUCUGCAUUGGCAUCCUCCCAGGCUUGGGUGCCUACUCUGGGAGCAGCGACUCCGAGUCCAGCUCAGACAGCGAAGGCACCAUCAAUGCUACCGGGAAGAUCGUCUCCUCCAUCUUCCGAACCAACACUUUCCUUGAGGCGCCCUAGCUCCGGUCCCUCACCACAGGGAGCUCCUCCCCAGCGUGGUCAGUCCGUCCGUUCUGCCUCCAGGCAUUACCUCCCUCAAAAAACUCCUUUGUCUCUUUCCUGUGCACACCGUGACAAUUUUAACCUAAUCUGAAAAUGUGCCAGAAUCCACUUGUGACCCAAACUGUUUGGUUUCUCCUUCCACUCCAGUGCAGAUGACUUACCUGUCCUGCCUCUUCUGAAGUAGUGGGGCAGGGGCAGUCCCAGCAGAGGUUCCACUGACAGUGACCUGGGAGGAUAGGCACCAGCUGGCUUACAGAGGUCUUAUUGCUUUCUCAGUUUUUCUUUUCCUUUCCCAGUAGCACAAGGAAGCGAGAGCAGUUAUUGGACAGGUGUUAUUUAAAGCUUCCUAUAGAUGAAUAUGUUGUUCGGUUCUGCUACAUUGUGGAGCAUGCUGGGGAAGAGAGCUGACCCGGGAUGAAACAGAGCACUUCCCUGGAACUAACCCAUCCUUGAUGUUGUGUGAUGAAGUAAAGAUUAUAAACCAUGUCUGCAGGGAUAUCAGUUCACACCCAGCCUUCACCGUGAAGUUCUUCCUUACUCUUGGCCGUUCCUCUCUGCUCCAUCCCAUCCGAGUCCUGUAGGAAGGGGCUGGUGAUAAGAAAGCUUCCAUCUUCUACUCAGACCUUUUCUCUGCCUGGCAAAUUAUUUUGUGUUUGUUUUUGAAAUAAAGGAUUUAGUUUAAGAUUCUAAACUUCA